UUCGUUUUCGUUUGGAAAUAACUUGGAUAUUCUAACGAAUUUCCUGCAUAAAAUCAGCGUUUGUGUGGCUGUCUGAAGAUGGAGAUGGACAUGGCAAAUAAAAAAAAGAGAUAAAUUUUUUAUUUUGGUUGAAGAAUUUUGAAAAUAGUUUAUGUGAUUCCGGAUUGAUUUAAAUAAUUUUUUUAGAGAAAAUUUUGUCUUUUAAAGCGUAACUUUACAUUUGUUUCUGGUAAUGAACGAAUGCCAGAACACUAAAAAGUGCUAAAAAUGCGAACAACUUCACAAUCAAAAAAUAAUUUGUAAUACAAUAUUUCAAAUAUUGGGAAAAAGAUCAUAAGACUGGAAAUGGGAAAAAGAGCUUGGGUGCUGGGAUUAUUCAUGUGCAAAAGUGUAUCCUACUUGCAAGGAGUGUCUGUCAGCGCCUCGAUCAACACGUUGGUGGCUAUUUCUAUAGACAGAUUCGUUGCCAUUUGCUACCCUUUAAAAUGCCAGAUGACUACCAGCUUGGCACGCAAAAUUAUAGCUGUCAUCUGGAUCUUUUCUAUGCUUAUUACUCUGCCCUGGGCUCUGUAUUUCGAGUUGGAGUCCGUCAACUCAGACAUCCAUUAUUGUGUGGAACGAUGGCCGCAUGAAGAGUCCGAAAAGGCGUACUUUCUUGGAGCCAAUCUCGGGCUCUGCUAUCUGUUACCUCUAUGCAUUAUAUCUUUGUGCUACGUAGGUAUCUGGAUUAAAGUUUGGAGACGAAGCAUACCAGGAGAGACGAAGGGGACAAAUGCAGAUGUUGUCAUGCAAAGAUCAAAGUUAAAGGUAGUAAAGAUGAUGAUCAUCGUGGUGGUCCUAUUUGUCUUGUCUUGGCUUCCACUCUAUAUCAUCUUCACCAUGGUGAAAUUGGGAAUAACGGUGGAGGAAAACAGCACCGCAGAGCAGGUACUCGUCGUUAUGGUGCCCAUCGCUCAAUGGCUGGGAGCUUCCAACAGCUGCAUCAACCCAGUACUCUACACUUUUUGCAACAAAAAAUUCCGGAAGGGAUUCUUGGCAAUCAUCAAAAGUCGUUCCUGUUGCGGAACUCUGCGCUAUGAGACAGCGCACAAGGGCACCAAAAGCACAGUCUUGAGAAGCACUUUUAAGUCACGCUGUGAAACACAGACAGAAUAUGUCAACUCUUCACAAGUAUAAUUCUGAAAAAAUGUCUUUCUAAUUGGUGCACGUGCUAUUUAGGAUAGGAUAACUGAGCAAUCUCUGGAUAUCAUCAAUCACUGAACAUAUAGAUUUUAAAUGUUAAGAAUAUGUAUUGCAUAUAAGUUUAUUCAAUGUUUAUUGUAAAUGUUGUUCGUUGAGCUGGUUGAAGCAUAUUCAUUCAGAAAGAACACAUGAUAAAUGUAUAUGGAGUAUAAGUAUUGACUUCCUGCGAGAAUUGCUUCUUUACACGUAUUGCAAAAAUUAUAAUAAUACUCAUCUGGAAGCGGUGUUGAUGGAACUAAUUCGUUAUAUUUCUUGAACAUGUGCUAUCGCAAUGGUAAUGCCUGAAUGGCAAAUGAUAAUGAUGACAGAUGUUAAUGAUUAUUUCUUGAAGUUACGUCAAGAGACAUUAAUGCAUAAUCAUUACAGAUGGUGAAGUGACUAUUUAAUAAUUCUUGAUGAUGUUACAUUCUCUAUCGUGAUGCCAAUGGCAGAUUGACAAGAAUUUCUUCACCUAAAUUAACAGUAACUUCUCAGAAAUGCAUCAGUGAGUAUUAAUACAUAACUGGAAGCAGCGACGGAGUGACUAUCUUAUAAACAUUGUCGAUGCCAGGAUUUUCUGAUACAUUCAUUACUACAAUGGACAUUCGGAAAGUAAAGAUUUUGAGCAUUGUCAACCCGAUAUGCAAUGAAACAUUUCUUUCUAAGCAUGCAAAAAAUGUCCCAGUUAUGUUCUCCGAUUUCAGUUAAAACACCGUCAAUUGUAUUAUGUGUUUCUAAUUGCUAACAACAACAAAAACACUUCCUAAUGAAUCGCACCGUACCACUCUUUAAAGUUUGUGACAUAAGUGUUGUUUCUUCGGUGCACUUUCAGAUUACCAAGUUUUAUUCUUAUUUCAAUAUCCAAUGGCUUAUGCACCUACCAUAAGUAUCUAUUGAUUGGUUGGUUAUCCUGUCACUAAGUGUUUGAUGGCUUGGUAUUCACAACUUUUACAAUACUUUAUUGUGGAAAAUUAGUAGAUAGUGUCGUAGUAUCAACACUUGUUGUAAAAGUUCAAAAAUAUAUCUUAAUGUGAAAUUUUGUGCAAUACAUUUUUAAGGUGAUAGUAUUGAUAUUAAUAUAAUAAGCUGUUUUACUCAUUCAUUAUAAAUGAAAAUUACGCCACGUGACUUUAUCAAUCAAAUUCUUUGUCUUUCAUCAUAAUUAAAAAAUCAUACUUAUAUUUUUAAGAUUUAGCAUACGUCAACUUCAAUUUGUUUUUAAUAAAAAAAGCUUUCACAUCAUAUUUGAGGGUUAGUAAGUUUUCAUAUAUUGUAUUCCUUUAAGGUGUAUGUAUACACUUGAAAUUUCGAAAAUCGUUCAAAAUACCGAAUAUUUUUUUAUUGCUUAAUAAAGUUCUCUGAUCCUUUAGCUUUCAAACGAUACCAAGAUGUUGUCAAUAUUCGAAAUAUUUCUCGUGUUAUAAUUACUUUUCUUGAGGUGCUUUCAUUAAAAACUCUAGUUACGCUGUUUUUAAAACUCAUUUUAUGAAGAACCAUAUUUUCCCACUAUGUUGCUUCAUUCAAACAAUCAUAACUCAACAAGAAAUUAUCCAAAUAAAGUUAUUUAUAUAUCAAAAUAAUCUAUAUGAAAUAGCGGAUGUUUUGUGCCUCAAUCAAAGUUAUAUUUAUAUAAAUAAAUUUUUAAUAGCUAUUUAAAAGUUAAAAUUACAGAAAAAAUCCCGCUUUUUCUAUUCAUCGUUGAUUAAAAAAUUGUUUUAAUAAAACUACAUAUUUUUAUAACUUGAUUGAGGCAGACAACAUGAAGACUAAUAUUAGGCAUCAUUUCCAACUUGAAUUGUGUGUCUGUACAAAUUAGAAUUUAAGAUAUCGUGUU